CAAUGGCAACAAUCAGCAAAGAUCCUGGAUGCUUGGAUUAAUGAGAAUUUAAGCAGCAGGCAAUUGGGGAUUACUGCCUUGCUAUACAUAGCAACAAACUGUGUUCCACAUCUGAUUGGAGGUAGAGGUGAGGCGGAGGGAAGAGAGAGAGAGACAUAGCCAGGACAGCCACAUGGGCCAAGCUGGUUCCUCUGGAGUAGUUGAUACAAGUGCUGGGAUAAGAUUAGAUGAUUGCAUGUUAGAAGAUUGACUUGGCAUCAGGUGUUUUUUUAAAAAAUGUUUUAAUGAGUUUAAUUUUAUAACUUUAAUAUGGUUUUGUAUGUUAUUUUAACUUAUGAUUGAGAGCUACCCAGAGUUGGUUAUAAGAUGAAUAGCUAUAUAAAUGUUUUAAAUUAAAUAAGUUGAAUUAGAAUCUCCUGGAAAAUCAAGGUCCCUAUUCACCUUCAGCCAUGGAAGUUCUAGAUCAGGGGUGUUAAACUCACCAUAUCUGGGGUUUCUGCAGAUGUGGGUUUCAAAAGGGGAAUCAGUUGGUGAUUCAGCUAAUACAGGGGUCUUCAAUCUUCAAACCAGAAGGACCUCUCAGUAGUCCAGCAUCUGCUGCCUGUUUGAAAACUGUUUGCCAAAGAAGGGAAGGUACUGACUUCAAAAAGAAGAAAUGAACUCUACGGAAAUCCCCAUCCAGACAGAGAUGAUAGACAUUGUACCAAAUGGAAAACAUUCAGUAUUAAAUACCUCUUCCAUGGGAAAUGACAGAUUUGAUGAGAACCAGGCAAAUGUAACAGAGAUGGAGGAGUUUCUUCCACAUGGUGCUGAAAAGAAACAGACCCAUUUCACAGAUUUUGAAGGGAAGACUUCUUUUGGGAUGUCUGUUUUCAAUCUCAGCAAUGCCAUCAUGGGCAGUGGGAUCCUUGGGCUGGCAUAUGCUAUGGCCAACACUGGCAUCCUCCUCUUUCUAUUCCUCUUGACUACUGUAGCUCUCUUGUCCAGCUAUUCUAUACACUUGCUGCUUAAAUCCUCAGGGAUUGUUGGAAUCCGAGCCUAUGAACAACUGGGUUACAGAGCCUUUGGGACACCAGGGAAAUUGGCAGCUGCCAUUGCUAUAACACUACAAAACAUUGGAGCCAUGUCAAGUUACUUAUACAUUGUGAAAUCUGAACUGCCUCUAGUCAUCGAGACCUUCCUCACCCUGGAGGAGAAAACAACCCUCAUGGAAAAAUAUGUGAGGGACUGGUAUACGAAUGGAAAUUACCUGGUAAUCAUUGUCAGUAUCACUAUUAUCCUUCCUCUGGCCCUCAUGAAACAACUUGGUUAUCUUGGUUAUACCAGUGGGUUUUCUCUCAGCUGCAUGGUCUUCUUCCUUAUUUCAGUCAUUUACAAAAAGUUCCAGAUUCCUUGUCCGCUUCCCGAGCGGAUCAACCACACAGGCAACCUGAAUUAUACCUUGGCUGGUACAAGCAGCUAUCAAAACGAACACACUACUGUGCAGGCUACAGAGGAAGACAUUUGCUCUUCAAGUUUGUUCACGCUCAACUCUCAGACAGCCUACACCAUCCCUAUCAUGGCAUUUGCUUUUGUGUGUCAUCCUGAAGUCCUUCCUAUCUACACUGAGUUGAAAAACCCAACCAAGAAAAAGAUGCAGUGUAUCUCCAACAUUUCCAUCUCAGUCAUGUAUAUUAUGUACUUCCUGGCUGCCCUAUUUGGUUAUCUCACAUUCUAUGGGCAGGUAGAAUCAGAGCUGCUUCACACCUACAGCAGAGUAGACUUAUUUGAUGUGCUGAUCUUGUGUGUGCGAGUAGCUGUGUUGAUUGCUGUGACACUAACGGUGCCCAUUGUUCUCUUCCCGGUGCGCCGCGCAAUCCAGCAGAUGCUUUUUCCAGACAAGGAUUUCAGCUGGAUUCGGCACAUUAUCAUUGCUUUUGUGCUACUGUCAUCUAUUAAUUUGCUUGUUAUUUUUGCUCCCUCCAUCUUGGGAAUCUUUGGCUUAAUUGGUGCCACCUCAGCUCCUUGCCUGAUAUUCAUCUUUCCAGCAAUAUUCUACAUUCGGAUCAUACCCAAGGACAAAGAACCUAUGAAAUCCCUUCCAAAGAUCCUGGCAGCCCUCUUUGCAUGCCUCGGGGUGCUCUUCAUGAUCAUGAGCCUCAGCUUCAUCAUCAUCGACUGGGUAUUAGGUGGCAUAAAGAGUGGAGGCAGCCACUAGGCAAAAUCUGGAGUCCUGUGAUGCGCAACCAAGCAUUGGGAAACUCAACUGGCUUGGAUCCAUUUCCUGCCCUGCCCUGUGUUAGUACUGUAUCAUUCUUUCAUCCCUGGUUACCUUCUGAGCCACGGGUGCUAUUCCAGUAUGAAAUCCUCACACACUCUCGCUGAGCCAGAGGUGCUGCAGGCUGGACUAGACCAGAACCCAAUCUCUAGCUCUCUGGGCAUUUGAUUUUCUCUCAAAGUCUGGGAUCGGCCAGGCUAACAGUAGUCUAAUGAGCACAUAAACUGGAAAAAUGGCCCAUUUCAAGGGAAAGGGAGGGGAGGCUACUAUGAUAUACAGUGUAUCUUCAGUUCUAGAUGACCAGUCCAGCUGGCCCACACUGAGGGAACUCAAAAGUCAGCAGGACCAGAAGAAAAUGGAGCAACUGUAGGGCUCUCACUUGAUGCUCACUGCCGAAUGGUUGACUUGGGCCAAAUUUUAUAUUAUAUGAAUAUUUCACUGAGGCUACAGAAUGAAAAGUGAAGGCUUUUUAAAGUGUCUCUUCCACUUAGUAGCAAUAAUCACAGUUUUAAGAUCUAUGUUAAUUGGACUCACAUGUUAAAAAAAUAUUCAUCACUUGAUGCUACAUAAAUGGAUCACGCUGGCUGGGGAAUUCUGGGAGUUGCAAUCCUAGAACUUUUAGAUGACAUCAUAUAUGGGAAGGCUAGCUUUCAGGAUCCAUCCAUCAUUUAAAACAUGAAAUUUUAAGACCUUGAAUAGGAAAAUAUAUUUCAUCUGAACAAUGGAUGAUAUAUAGCAGGGAUGUCAAACUCGCAUCGACAUGUGACGUGUUGUGACGUGUCAUGACUUUUUUUCCAUUGCCGGCAAUGGGGUGAGUGCGGUUUCGCCAUGACACAUCCAGCCCGCAGGCUGGCAGUUUGACACCCCUGAUAUAUGGCAAACAGGAUUUUAUGGAGCUAAGAUGAUUUUAGAAUGUACAAACUGUGGAGAACUUUAAUGAAAAACAUAGCAAUCAAAACUGAUAUAACAUUCCAAGACUGGAAAAUUCAAUUUUUCCUCUCUGUUUUUAAUACUUGUUUUACAUUGUACCUAGAGCCUAGUCCUUGCAACAGGGGAACAAAAAUGCAAUAGGUUCUUUCUGAGAAAAUGGAAGGCUAGUUGUAGUGCUGCAUCAGUAAUGUGUGAAAAUAUUCUGAAGCUUUCAAAAGGUUCCCAGGUAUAAACAGUCAUCUCUAGUCUGAGUGUAUAUUAUAUUUAGUACUUAGCCCUAAUAUAUAAUCCUUAUUAUGCAACAAGAAGCUGAUAAUGAUAUUUGCAAAAUUGUCCUACUUUUCUGUCAUAAUCCUGAAGAACAUUUUUCAUCUUUCAACAUUCAUCAAACAAAGCAGCUUCUCUGGUUUUAUAGGAAGCAAUGAAGUACUCAUUAACAAUAUACUAAGCAAACGAAACAGAGUACAUUUCUUCUCUGUUGCCCUAUAAAUACUAGCACUUUAAAUUGAACUGUGUUCAAGAUUUUAAAGAUGCACUUUCUGCCUUGGAUUACAAAAACAUGCUUUUUGUGUUGUACAAAUCCAAUUGCACCAUGCAGAAUAUUUCAGAACGUAGUAAGUAGCAGCACUUUUCUUCCGAAUAUUGAUCUAUAUUGGAUCAAGAAACUCAGCAUUCCUGCACCACAUUUUCAAAAUAUAAGGGCUCUCCUAUAGUGUACAAAUUCAUGGAGGAUUGUGUUUAUACAGGUACCCCAUUGAUUGAAUAGGUAUCUCAGAACAGUUGGCUUUAGCUUUCCAUUCCAUGUCGGAUGUUCAGAUAGGCUGCUAAACUUAACCAAAUAGCUGUGUUUCUGGGAAUGGAAUCUCAGACUGAAACAAGGUGCCUGAAGGAAUGCCUGUUUGAGAUGGGAAACACUGGACCUCUUGUGUUAGAGCACUUUGGCACUGACAGGGCUGUAGCUUUCUUCGGCUAUUAUCCACACACAGCAGCACUUCAUGUAGGCCCUAUAUGGGGAACAGCACCAAAAUCCCUCACUUUCUAUGAACAUCCACUUUCUGCGCACUUUCAGCAAUAAUGUUUCUGCCAUCCCUGGAAUAAGUGGGACAGGAUUGCAGAGUGGGGGAUAACUAUGUGUCACACAACUGUGUUGGAAUGUAGCAUUCACUCAGUUAUUGUGACACACUGAAGUGGCUUAUCAGUUCUAGCGCCACAGCACAUAAAAGGCACUACUUGAAACUUUACUGCCCUCUGCCGUAGCUUGUGACUCUUGCAGCUUCCAAUAAUUUGCACCUUGAAAAGCUAGUGACUUUAUUAUUCUUUUUUUUUUUUCAUACUCUCAAAGACAGUUUCAUACACAAAAAUGUUCCAAAAUGCAAACUGUUCCACAUUGCAAACUGAAUUUGAGGGACAUAACUAAGCAAGUCAAAUCUUCAGAAUAAAUGAGUGUUGGUAUUAGCAUCAGGAACAAGCUAUUUAUACUCUGAAAUCCUAGUCUAUGUCCAGCUGAAGACAUGGACAACAAUUCUUCUCUGCUCCUGCCCUUGCAUUAGCAAAUUCCCAAAAUCCAAUUGUUCUUAAUGACAUUUGAAUAGUGGAGUAUUUAUUUCCACACUGAAGCUGGUGCAGCAAGAUCUGCACUAAAUACUAAACCUCUUCUGCAUUAUUUCCAUGAAACAAACAAAAAGAAAAACAAAAGCAAGCAGGUGAAUUACAUCUGUGAUCCUAAACAAAUAGAUUUCCAGGUGACUGUCCAAGAAUGUGGUCUGAAGAGAAGAGCAAAAAAUAAUCCCGAUAUUCAUCCAGACUGUAUGUGGAGUUCUGAAGUCAUAUAGCUCAAUCUCAGUCAUAUUUUACUUUUUCCCCGCUAUAUUUAUCAUCUUCAACCUUCUGUCCCACCUUACAAAAAUCAUUUAAAAAAAACCUCAUUUAUAUAUUACAUCCUAUGAAUUUUAUAGUUGGGUUGUUGUUUAAACUAAUUUUUAUGUCAAUCAAUUAUUUCUAUAGAUUAAUAAUUAUAAUGCACAUAAUAAGAAACAUGUAUUUUUGUAUUGGGGUGGUGGCUGGUCAAUUUGCUUUUUUAUAAAUAAUGUAUAUAAGAGUAGAUCUUUUUUAAUGUAUUUGUUGUUGUGCUCACUAACUCUGUAUAGUGUACAUAUGUUUAUGUCCUCAUUAAAGAGGGAUUGGAUCCCAGAAUUCUUGUCUGAGCUACAGAGAAAACUUACUGCCAGGUGUGAAACUCAUAGUAGUAGGGGCUGUUUCUAAAGCUUAGUGUCCAGUUGCAAGAGCCUUGAUGAGAGAAGACUACAUCUGCAGUUACAAACAUUUGGCUUAAGUUAUUUUAUAUGACCUGCUUAUUAACCCAAACAUGAUGGAAGUCAGCUUCAAUCUUCUGGCUGAUUUCUGAUAUUGAUGAAGAAUAACAGAAGAUACGCAAUUUAGCUGCAUUGCCUUAUGUAACUGUUGUCCCGCAGAAGCAUCGUGUGAUGGAUGCUUCUCAGACCAGAAGAGGGGGUGAAAUGGGGAAACUUGAGGUAGAGACAAAGUAAAUCCACCUUAAUUAUGCUAGGUGUCAAUAGAACUGGGGAAUUGUUUUAGUGAGCUUUCAAGAUUAAUGUCGAGCCCUGCGAGAUAAGCAAACUUUGAAAACAACAGCUUCAGUUUUUGGGAAAAAAAUCUUUAUUAGUAGGAUGAAGUAAAGAAUCUUGAAAGUCUGAAAAUUACAAGGGAGGAGCAAAACAAAUGUUACAGCCCAAUGGCUUAAUUUCCAAGGGACCAUUCUUGUGGCAUGCUAGGUUCUCCUAAAAGGUUACUAGUUACUUAUUAGUCCCUGUUGCCAACUGACAAUUUGUUUAACCUCUUCAGGUCAUUCUCAACGUGAGGCAACAUUAACUGUCUUUUAUGUAUUUUAAUAUUUAUUUAUUUUCUUUAACUUAGACUGGAGCUAGAGAUCAGGUUCCAAUGUUUGUUUGCAACCAGACAAAGAUUGGUUGUUUGGUUAAGGGCCAAAAGGUCCACUGUUAUCAGCAAAAUGACUGGGUAGAAAUGGAAGAGAAAAUAAAAUAAAAUGAAGGGGUGCGCUGGCUGAUGCAAACAAUCAGGCAGAAUCUCAAGGGCUUUUCCUCCUUUCUUUUCUUUUCCAAACCCACAGAGGUUUCAGAAGGGGUAGCCUAUCUGCCCUUCUAGUGUGCAAACAGUAAGCAAGUUGUGCUGCCUAGCUCAACAUAGAUUAAACAUCAGUAUCUCAGUCUCUGUGUGCAUUGCACAACAUGCUUAAGCAGAUGAAUUAAAGAUUUGAUGGCAUAGUAUAUAGCUUGGUUAGCAUUAACCUUGGGCUUUUGGUCUCUGUGACUUGAGUGUUCUGCAAAUCCAGCCAAUUAGUUCAGGGUAGUGUUCAAUAUCCUGAAAAAUAGUUAAUUCAAUAACCAGAUUCAGCAUGUAUGAAUACGACUUACGUGUCAUAAGAUAUACAACACAGAAAUGUACUUCUGAAGAAAAAGGACAAAACCUUUCUUUAGGUCUUUCCCCCAGAGAUGAUGCAGGCAGGACAUCUCUGUAUCCCUGUUCUUUUUGUCUCUGUGUUCCAAGUCACAAAGCAAUGAGAGAACUUGUCUGAAAGAGCCUAUUUCUAGAACAGUUUUAAAUUAUAUGUAGAAAUUAGAUCUAUAUUUUGAAAUGAAACAAAUCUUUUAAAACAAUAAUAAAGAAAACGUGAAACCUUC